AUGUUGAUUUUUGUAUUUUCGGUCAUCAUGUUUGGUGUUCAGGCUAAUUCACUUUGCUCGGAUUAUUGUAAUUGUAGUAGCUUAAAAGUAAGUGAAUCGGCCAAUGCUAACCUUAGCGCAGAUAUAAAACAGUUUUUGUCAGAUUUUCCGGAUAUAAAUCUAAGUUUUGUGCACCCUUAUACAGUAGUGAUAAAAACUAGUGACAAUUCGUUAAAUUCUAGUGGAAAUUAUUCGUUUAGUUGGGUUAAAACUCUUGUUCUCAGCCAGAACAAUCUUACUAGUGUCCCGGGGAUAGUUUGCGACUUUAGUACUGUGCAGAACUUGGAUCUAUCAAACAAUGAGCUAGCAAAUUUCGAUUCAGACUGUUCUAGGACUUUAAAAUUGUUAAAUCUUAGUUCGAACUUUAUUUCCACCCUAAACGAUACUAGUUUUUCAAAUUCAAAAGACUUAUAUACUUUAGAUAUUUCCAAUAACUUUUUAUCUGCAGUGCCAAGUUUAAAUUUGCCAAACUUGCAAUAUUUGAAUCUAAGUUCCAAUAGAAUCAUUGCCCUAACUGCUGAAGUUUUUGUUAGUUUGAAACUACUGCAAUAUUUGGACGUCUCUCGUAACUGUCUCGGUAGAAUAGCGACAAGUGAACUGACAAAUUUGAUGACUUUAAUAAUGGCGGGUAACGUCGAUUUGGCGAACACGCGAGAUAUCUUUUUCUUGGGUCGCAAAAUUCAGACCCUAGACGCCUCCCGAACAGGACUUCAACAGGUGCCAGCGAUUUUAAUCCACUCCAUUCGCCACUUGACUCUUAGGGUCAACUUCAUUCGGACAAUCAACGGCGGGGAUCUCGACUCGUAUCCCUUAUUGAACUCGCUGGACGUCAGUUCCAACGUCAUAAAGUUUAUAGAAGAAGACGCUCUGGGGAGACUCGAUUUUUUGUCCUUCCUUUAUCUCGCCGACAAUCAACUCGUGGAAAUCCCGAGAAGGCUACCUGAAAAACUCAAACUUCUCAACUUGGGUAUUAACAAGAUUGGAAUCAUAAGAAAAAAGGAUUUUCAAGGCUUGGGAACUCUAGAAACGCUCUUUUUAAACGACAAUAACAUUACUGUAAUAAAUGAAGGGGCUUUUACAGACUUAUUAUCGCUAAAAAGCUUGGAUUUAUCCAGCAAUCCUAUAAUUAAUCUCCCUCCAGGUAUUUUCACCGGUCCCUUAUCUCUGAGGACGUUAAGACUAUCUUUUAUAAAAACCCCAAUGGGUUUAGAAGAAGACUUUCCCCUUUCUGUGCCAGAACAAGUCGUGCAGCUUAACUUAUCUUCCAGUCCGGGAUUAGUACAUCAAUUUUUAGCCGACACAGCCACCCUAAUGGCAUCAAAACGGCUGCAGGAAUUAGAUGUGACAUCUGCGAAUUUGGAAUUUGUCCGACAAGAUUUACAGUUCUUUCUACCCCAACUCAAAGUGCUCUAUAUAAGAGGCAAUAAAUUAAACGAUACCCUAGUUAAUUGGGUAAAAUCCUGGAUCUGUGAACAGGACGUCGACGCGCCAAGGUUAGAGCAUAAUUUUGAGUUUGUCAUCCAAAACACGUCAGAGGGCUCUGUGGAGAAUAAGAGACUGUCCGGAACUGGGUUAAUGAGGCAGAAUGCCAAUGGAGAUGCAAAGAAGUCUCUAGAGGCUUCUACCGGUGAGAUCUCGAUGUACAAGAGCGAGAAAAGAAGCCAUUUCUUUCACACAAUUCUUCUAAUCACUUCCACUGCUGUUAUAGUGUUUUUUAUCAGUGUUUUCUCCAUUUUGAGGCUUUUUAAAAUAAGAAGAUCGUACGUUGAGGAUAUAGAAGCAACUGCUUUGCCUACUAUUUCGGAUAUUUGGUGA